GCCACUCUUUGUCUGUGGUUAGGAGAGAAGCAGAGUGUCAAGGGUUUGCCUGAAGAAAGCUGAAUUUUCAGAAGAAGGGCACGCAAACCCUCGGAAAGAACGGUGGAAGAAGGCCUGGACGGUUUCCACUGUAAUUAUUUCUGUUAUAAACUCUUGACUUAUAUUCCUAUUUGUGACACUUCUAGACCAGAGCUUUCUUAAACCUACUGGAGCUGCAUGAAGAGCCACUGUUUCUUUUUGGAAAGGUCUUAAGUCACUAGUAUAGACCAUGCAGACCACCUGGAUCCUGCUGCUUGCCUCUCUGGGCCUCUCUACCCUGGCUGGUGCUGAGAAAGGCCUCGAAUUCCCACGUUAUGAUGGCAAAGAUCGUGUCCUGGACAUAAAUGAGAAGAACUACCGCAAAGCCCUGAAGAAAUACGACAUGCUGUGCCUGUUCUACCACGCUCCUCUGCCAACUGCAAAAGAGCUGCAGAAACAGCUACAAAUGGCUGAAUUAGUGCUAGAGUUAGCUGCUCAAGUCUUGGAGGAAAAGGAUAUUGGCUUUGGAAUGGUUGACUCCCAAAAAGAUGCUAAGGUUGCCAAGAAACUAGGUCUGCAUGAGGAAGGCAGCGUCUAUGUCUUUAAGGAGGACCGUGUGAUUGAAUUUGAUGGCCUGCUCGCUGCAGACACUCUUGUGGAAUUCCUUCUGGAUCUGUUGGAAGAUCCGGUUGAGAUCAUUGACAAUGCUUUGGAGUUACGAGCUUUUGACCGUAUGGAGGAAGACAUCAAACUCAUUGGUUUCUUCAAGAGUCGUGACUCUGAACAUUAUCUUGCUUUCCAAGAGGCAGCUGAACAGUUUCAGCCUUUUAUCAAUUUUUUUGCCACCUUUGAGAAAUCUGUUGCAAAAGAGCUGACUCUGAAGAUGAAUGAGGUGGACUUCUAUGAGCCCUUCAUGGAGGAACCAGUCACCAUUCCAGACAAACCACACUCAGAGGAAGAGCUGGUGGCCUUCAUAUCCGAGCACAGGAGACCAACUCUAAGAAAGCUCAGGGCAGAAGACAUGUUUGAGACCUGGGAGGAUGAUUUGAAUGGAAUUCACAUUGUAGCCUUUGCAGAAGAAGAGGACCCUGAUGGUUUUGAAUUCUUGGAGAUUUUGAAGGAGGUGGCACCAUAUCAACAGCAAAUUUGA